GCCACAAAAAUUUAAAAAAGGGAAAAUUUUGAAAUUGUUCAAUGAAGACUGGCUACUGCCUACACAUGCAAUGAACAAGCACCGGUCAGGAGAGCAAAGGCCACAUAGCCGCUAGCCAAGGUGUAUCGGCCUGCAAGAGUUCUGUUGUUCUCUGACCUGUCUGAAGGCGUUCAUUUCGGUCUUCGCUGAACUCAGAGGCAACAACCAUGGCAGCGUCUUUCUCGACUACAUUUUCUAUUCUCUUCACAAGAAGCACAACUGCCAGCAAAUCUUUUGCUUCAUAUUCCACCUCAUCUUCAUUUCCUCGCAUCAAUUCCGUCCCGCGGAAAUUUCAAAUCAGGGCAACAACUUCGUCUGCACCUACCGUUUCUCCUGCUGCAACCACCUCCGUGGGGGUCGAUGCAUCCCCAGCCUCAGUCACUGCCUCUAAACCCUUGCCCUUUCGGGUCGGUCAUGGAUUCGAUCUCCAUCGUCUAGAGGCUGGUUAUCCCUUAAUUAUCGGGGGAAUUAACAUCCCUCACGAAAGAGGGUGCGAAGCUCAUUCCGAUGGGGAUGUGCUGCUUCACUGUGUGGUCGAUGCCAUCCUUGGGGCGCUUGGUCUUCCUGAUAUAGGGCAGAUAUUUCCGGACUCAGAUCCGAAGUGGAAGGGUUGCGACUCCUCUGUUUUCAUCAAAGAAUCUGUGAGACUUAUGCAUGAAGCAGGUUACGAGAUCGGAAAUUUGGAUUCUACAUUGAUACUUCAAAGACCAAAACUAAGCCCGCACAAAGAGGCCAUCAAGGCCAACUUAUCUGCGCUGCUUGGAGUCGAUCCUUCUGUGGUAAAUAUCAAAGCAAAGACUCAUGAGAAAGUUGACAGCCUUGGUGAGAAUAGAAGUAUAGCAGCUCACACAGUGGUCCUUCUGAUGAAGAAGUAGAGGCUGGAAAUUGUAUUGGGGAAAGGAAAAAAAAAAAAAAGAGUUAUGCUAUGCUCAAUAUAUAUUGUUGUGAAAUCUAUGAAUCAUGCUUUAUUACCAUUUUUGGUUUUGCUGCUUAUACAAAUCAAAUGGAGCCUGCAUAAUACUUGGUUUGAA